UAAAUUUUCUGUUAUGUACCCAAAAGAUAGCAUUUGGUUGCACACCCGUUUGUUCAAAUUUGAACAGGUAUUUGAGAGGCCUAAAGCUUUCAUAAUAUUUAGUUGCAUUUUGCAGUUUUGUUAAUGCAGACAUAAUCAUGAAGUCCCUCCGUGUUGCGUUUACUACAUUUGUAUUAGUGUUGACGGUUUAUGCUGAUGGGCCCUUCUGUACCCAAUCGGGCCUUGGGCCAGCAGAUAUGAUGAUGAGCAAUGGAAACAUGAAUCCCAAGUACAUGUGGGAAAAAUCUGGGGGAAAAGUCCGAAUUCCUGUGGUCUUGGAUCAUGCUUAUAAUCAUAAAGAGCGUGACAUUAUUUUUGGAGGGCUCGCUGAAAUGGCUUCAAAAACCUGUGUCAAGUUUCUUAUCUACAAACAUCCUGAAGAAGUUCACGACGGGGACCAUGUUUACAUUACAAAAACCAAGGGCAAAGGUUGUUGGUCGUAUGUCGGAAAGCAGGGCGGCUCUCAGGACUUGAGUCUUCCGGUGGGUUGUGUAAACCAUCGUACAGUAAUGCAUGAGAUGAUGCAUGCGCUAGGAUUUUCACAUGAGCACGUGCGAGCUGAUCGUGAUAAAUUUGUUCACAUUAUCUGGGAAAAUAUCCAAAGAGGACGAGAGAGAAAUUUUGAAAAGAAACGUGACAGCAAAUCGGACAAUUACGGUCCUUACGAUUAUGAAAGCAUCAUGCACUAUGAUAAUCGAGCUUUCUCGAGAAAUGGACAUGACACAAUUCGACCCACUCAAGGAUUUGUUCGGAUUGGUCGAGGAAAACGGAUGAGUCAUUGGGACGCGAAAAAGAUAAAUUUGGCAUACAAAUGUCAUGGGGGCGGUAAAGGUGGCGGAUUUGGUUACAACGACGGUCUAUCGGACUUUGAGUAUGAUGACAACCAAAAUUCUCCGCUAAUCGGGUUUGCUCCAGAUCACAGCUUCCGAACUCAAAAUCCAUUCUUGUCCGGAGCUCAUCCCAACGAAGUUGACCACGAAGAAGUGGACUUUUCUCCUUUCUCUGGACCAAUUCCUCCAUAUUACAUGGUCCACAGUAAUGGGGAUGAUGAUUAUUACCACCCAUAAGACAAGUUCCUUACAAUUUUUGCAAGCUUCCUCCGCAAGUCCUGUACUCAUCUUCCUGCCGAGUUUUCUCAACUCAACUUUUAAAAUCUUUGUACAAAGAGUUCCCACGUUCCCAGUCGUUACCAUUUUUUGAAUUUAAAAAUAUAAUAGUAAGUAUGCAUGUUGUGACUGGCUAGUCAACCAAAAACAGUUAAACAUCAUGCAAUUUUAAACGGGUGAUGCAUGCAUGACUUUAUAAAUGACAAGCGAAAAAGGAUAAGUAUGAAGUGUAUAGAUUUUGACAUUUUAACAGAAUAUCUCAGUGAUUCUGCAAAUAGAAUGAUAGUCGAAGAGUUGCAAGUCAGUGCCAUUCAACCAAUACAAAUAAAAAUAAGAAAGUGUUUACGCUUCAGUAAAGAUUGCAGUUU